CGGGCCCGUGUCCAGUUCUGGGCACCGCGCUCCCAAAAAAGAUGCCGAGAGUCUUAAAAGGGUCCGGAGAAGGGCUGCAAGGAUGGUUAAGGACCUGGGGGGCAAACCUGAUGCCAAAGGACUACGGGAUCGGGGCUGCUCAGCCUGGGGAAGAGAAGACCCAGGGGGACGCGAUGGCUGUCUGUCGGUAUGUCGGGGUGACUGUUGGGACCGGGGGGACGGUUCACUAGGGCGCCCUGGGGAGGACAAGGAGCAAUGGCCAGAAACUGCCCGAGGACGGGUCCAGGGUGGAUGCAAGGAAGCGCGUCUGUGCGGCGAGGGCGACCGCGACGUGGCCCAGACGUCCCAGGAGGGGGGCAGCCCCAGUCCCCAACCGGGGAAGUCUUCAAGAGGACGCCGUUCAGAGCAGACGUGUAGUGCCGGGCGCGGCCGCGGCGUGGGUAGGCCGGGACGCAACGGUGCCAGUGCCGCCCCGCUGGGUAGAGGCGACUGGGGCGACGUAGCCCAGCAAAGCCACACGCGUGUGUGUGUGUGUGUGUGCGCUCCUUCCCACAGAGUAAAACCAGGAGUACUGGCAGGACCGAGCCCCGAGGAGUUUGGCGGGGACGCGUCGGACGCUGCGGGCCGUGCCCGUGCCGCUCUCGUAGGCCGGCGGCCCUGGCGGCGGGGCAGGGCGGCCUUUGCUUGGCAUCUGCGUGUGUGGUUAGCCGUUCGACGACGACCCCAGUGACGUGGGACGUUGCCGCCAGCCCCGCUGCUUCGUUAGUUCGGGGGUGGCCCUCGCUGUGCGGCUCCCCACCGGCGCGCGGCCACGUCCCCGCUGCCCCAGCCUCGGCUUCGAGCUGCGGUCUGCGCGCGUGCCAGCCAGCGCUGUGCCCAGAGCAGGGCAGACGUCACACUUAGGGCGGCCCUGGCACACGUCACGCUUAGAGCGCGCCCCUCCCCCUCCGCGCCGCGGCCCCUUUAAAUGGCGGGGAAGAUGCCGCGCCUCCCGUCAUGCCCCGCGCCCGGCAUGGCCGCCGCGCCCGCCCCCUAGCGCGCAGCGCAGCGCAGCGCAGCCAUGGCCGCCCGGCAGCCCGCGCAGGUCCAGGAGCAGGACACAGGGCCGCAGCGCCCGCAGGCCCCCGCCGCCCCAGAGCCCCCGGCGGGGCAAGGGGCCACAGGCUCAGUGUGGUCACUGGUGGCCGGGAUCCAGGCAUUGGAGCAGAAGGUGGACUCGCUCGCCACGCGGCUGCUGAACCUGGAGGGGAGGACGGGGGCGGCGGAGAAGAAGGUGUUUGAAUGCGAGAAAACCGAGCUGGAGUUCAGCAACCAGCUGGAGAGCAAGUGGGCGGCGCUGGGCAGCCUGAUCCAGGAGUACGGGCUGCUGCAGCGGCGCCUGGAGAACAUGGAGAACCUGCUCAAGAACAGGAACUUCUGGGUCCUGCGCCUGCCGCCCGGCAUUACCGGCGAGGUCCCCAAGGUCCCAGCAACCUUCGAGGACAACGCGGUCUUCUCCCAGGAGGAGUGGGAGAACUUGGAGGACUGGCAGAAGGAGCUGUACAAGAACGUGAUGAAGGGCAACUAUGAGUACUUGAUCUCACUGGACUAUGCCAUUUCCAAGCCUGACAUCCUGUCCCGCAUUGAGCGAGGAGAAGAGCCGUGCCCCCGGGACCUGCCAGGCUCGGAGGGGCGGGAAACCUCUGCAGACCCUAAUGCAGAGUCUCCACGUUCGACCCUGGAAAUCUCCCAGGUCAAGCAGGAGGAAGAGCCUGUGGCAGAAGAGCAGCAGGGCAGGGAGGAAGGGAAAGGCCCUCCAGAGCCCCUAGCAGCCGCCGGCUGGCUUCCCAGCAGGGAGAGGGAGAAGGUGGACGGUCCAGAGCCACGCUGGACCCUGGUGCAGCGGCCAGAAGAGAGCGUGUACCAGGGCCCACCUGUCCCGACUCUGUACGGCACAGACCCCCCAGCACUGCCCACACCUCCCCAACCUGAGAGAGACUCCGGUGCCUCGGGCCUGGGUCCCCCAGAGUGGGGGAAAGCCAGCGGCAGCAGGAGGGAAGGGGGGCCAGCCCACGCCUGCGGGCGCUGCGGGGAGAGCUGCGGGGAGCGCGCCUACGCAAGCACAGGUCCGCCGGCAGCCCCCACAGGCCCCCACCGGCGCAGCCACGCUGGGGAGAAGCCACACCGGUGCGGCGUGUGUGCCAAGGGCUUUGGGCGGCUGUCGACGCUGCUGGAGCACCAGCGCACGCACACGGGCGAGCGCCCCUACGCCUGCCUGGAGUGCGGGAAGCGCUUCCGCCGCCUCUCUACGCUGGUGGAGCAUCGGCGCGGCCACACGGGCGAGAAGCCCUACAAGUGUGCGCAGUGCGAGAAGAGCUUCACACGCCUGGCCAGCCUCACCGUGCACCAGAACACGCACGCCGGCGAGCGUGCCUUCAAGUGCGCCCAGUGCGGCAAGAGCUUUGCCCAGAAGCCGCCAUUCCUCAAGCACCUGCGGGGCCAUUCCCAGGGCCGGCUCUACCGCUGCCCGGCCUGCGGCAAGAGCUUCGGCUGCCACUCCUGGUUUGUCCGCCAUCAGAUGGCCCACGCGGCCGAGCGACCCCACGAGCGCAGCGGUGCCACCACCGUCGCUGCCACCCGCGGCCUCGCCCACCGUGAGCCACUUCUCCGGCAUCCGCGCACGCAUGCCUCCGAGAUGCCUGGGGGCAGGGCUGGCUGUGCCCCCGCAGCCCCACGCCUUGGCCCACACGACCCACCUGGAGCUGAGCUCAACAGCCAGUUCGCCUAUGUGAAAAUGGAGAGUAUGGGGUAGCGGCAGCGCUGGGGGUGCCGCGAGCUUUGAUGUGCCAGGGGACAGUGUUGCCCAGCCAGGACUGGGCUGUGAGGCUGAUGGGACGCAAGCGACUGUCUACUGCAGGAGUGGUUGCCCAGGGACAGGACGUGGCCAGGAAACACCCGCUUCCUGGCUGUUGGAGCCAGUGGUCAGGAGCACAGUGGGAUUUGCAAAGAACCCCUGCGGAAGAAGGCUGUUGAUGCCACCACUUCCUAGCACAAAUAAAGACGUGGGGGAGGUCUCCACGUGUUAUCCGG